AUGUCGUCGGCGAGUAGUGUUUGCUCGUCGAACGACAUCGACUAUGGGCUUGAUAGUCGUAUUCCGCCGGUAAUCAAACGAGAUGUUGAACGUUUUUCGAUGUUCAUUUCAAGGCUACGAGCUGCACUUGAUGUGGACACAAAUGUACCAGAUGGCGAGUCAAUGUGCGUCAGCGUUCAUGCAGCGUUGGAAAUGGUCUCCGAGUCGAUGAGAGAUCUCUUCAAGCAUCCGCAAUUCAAGACAAAUCAUGUCAUUCUGCCUAGUUUGCAGCUGGUGCAAAGUGUCAAAGAUCUCAAAUUCGACAGUGCCAUGGUGGAAACGACUCGAGUACAUAAUGUUAUUGACCAGCUUGAAUCUGCUGUUUUGAACACGAUAAUGUGA